ACGGUCGCCAGGGAAACCCCGUUGCGUGGUUGUGUGUCAGUUUCGCUGGGACCCGCGGUCGAUGCCGGCGAGGAGGGGGAUGGGCGCCUCGGCGAAUGUAAGGACCCGAGACAGAAUCAGAGCCCUGUAUCACAUACAGCAGCAUAUACCCCAUUAUAAAUAGCGACUGUAAAUAUAUAAAACACUAAAAUAAAUGGAUUUUUUCACCGGGUACUCAUCAUAGGCAUUUAACGGAUGCAGCACACCUGAAAAUGACGGGAAUUUAACUUUCCGUCUUUGCGUGGGAGAUACUGAGAAGUUUGUUUUCUACCCCUGGAGAGGGAGCUACUUUUAAGGGCAAGAAUACAAGAGACUCCGAGGCCGGACUUCGGGCCUACUGGUCAGGUUGGAUUUGAUGUUGGGAUACUCUAAGGACUUCCUACUGUACAUGAACUUGCCUCGCUUCGACAAGUGUAGAAUGCCUCUUUAGGUGAGUACUUUUAAUCCAUGUUGAUAUUUUAUUUGACUAACUACCAAGUGAGGCUGUAACAUAAAUACAACAGUCACGCACUUCACCAUGUUUUCAUCUACCAAACAUAGCUGUUAAGCUAGCCAACUUUGCAAGCUAAUAGUUAAGCGUUCUUUUUUAAGUUCUUUUUAGAAGGAGUUGGCUAGUUUCACUAUCUUUCCACUUUCAAGUAUAGCUUGCUUGAUUUGCUGUACAGCUCCCAUGUUGAUGGUGUGCUAUGCAGGGCUUCUCUUUGCCUGUGAGUGGACCUAUCUUCCCUAGUUUUUUCAUCAGCUCCUCGUGUUGUUUUCAUCCCCUUUCUUGGUUGGAAUUACACCCAUACUUGCUUAAAUGUCACAGAUUUUAUAACAUUGCCCUAAGCAGUCAUAUGACUCGAGUAAUUAAAAGCAUUUUGCAAGUUUUUCGGAGUUUUUGUCCGUCAAUGGUGCCCUCUCAGCUUUCAUAUCAGGGAUGAAACGGCUACAGUGGGUUACCCUUAAUCGUCUGCUUAAAAAAACAACAUGAGCUACAAAUAGGUGCCAUUUGUCAAAAUUGCAAGUAAAUAAGACGUGUUUUUGAGAAAGUUUUGAUCAAGUGCUUUCACAAGGGCUGAAACCACCCCCAUGUUACAUAGCCAAACCGGUAUAUGUAACACAUUCUGGGAACUUUGGUUAGCCGUUAAGCUGUUUUGAGAUUAUAUUGGGCCAAAGUUGACCAGCACAGCGUUUGCUUGGUAGACAAGUUAAGAUUCAAACCGCUAAAGGUAGCACAAAUAUGCGUUGUUGUUUUUUUCAACAGCUAAAACAAUUCGUUGCAUAUUUUAUUAUGUAUUGGUGUGUUGAAUGUCAGUCAGACCUCGUAAAACUGUCGAAUUUUUUAAGAUUACUGACCGCACAACCAGCAAUUUGAGCAGUUAUGACGACUCACGUUAGCUAAGCAACCAGCUGCUGUGUUGGUUAGCGCACGAGCCAUAGGCAACAAUUGCUAUACUAGCCGUGUAGCUAACUUUUGGGCUUUUUCCAGUUGAUUGUGUUCUUUUAAACUACAACUUCACAGCAUGCACACAAAAGGAUCCUUACUUGGUACGUUAGCUGAGACCAUUAUUAUGAACCCCCUCAUUCGCUAUCUAGUUAUGGAUUUCCCUGUGUAAACGUCUAUUUUUAUAGGGGAAAAAACAUGGUGUCUGCAUCAUGGUGGUGUUUAGGGCAACGUUACAUUGCAUUCGUCUUUGGCAGCAGUCCUGACCUUACUCAACCGUGUGAAUCAAGCUGGAAGUUCGGUUAUGUUUUCUCUGUUUGUAUAUGAAAUGUCUCUCUAGUAAUCACUGAACUAGCAGAUUUGCUGGGCAGCGACUCGCUUGUUCUUCACCUCCCCCAACUCCGAGCCUCGGUGGCGGUUAAGAGAAAUGGGUGGUAUUUUAGAGAGGAGCUCUUGUUUCCUUUUUUAAUAGACUCCUUUUUUAUUACAACGUGUGAGCAACUGUGUUAUAUAUAUGAACAGGACGGUAACAACUACAGGUUCUACGCAAGUUGAAGCAUUACGGAAUAUAGUUGAGUAAUGAAAUCAUGUAUCAAUUACUUAACUUCCACGGACACCCUAUUUGGGCUGGUUUGAGGGUCAAAACUCGGUGUAACAGUUCGAUAUGCCGUGUCAUUUUAGUAUAGUUGUUAUGAUCUGAGGUGAGAAACAGUAUGAACCGACGCAGGCGAGGACUGAAGUUAACAUGAGGUGUGAGAAAAUGCUGAGUGAUUUUAAAGCAUGUUCUCUCCGGUGUCGUGUGCGUUUUUGUAGUGUUUCUAAUUAGUAAGGACCCGCGCUUCCCCAGCAGAAAUGGCUGCCCCUUCCGUCGCCUGAGUAGCUAUGCAACAGCCAGCUGCACCACGUAGCCUCGCAUUGUGCCGCACUCCCAAUUGUGGACCUGAACAGAGAUAGUGGGGGGUGUUAUUUUGCUUCUUAAGCCGUGUUUAGGUCAGUGAAUAUACCACCGGGUAUAUGACUGCAGCUCUGUAGUGAUGUGUGUGACGUGUCACAAACCAAACAGGUUGUACUUAAUGCUUUUGUAAAAUCACACCUUCUCUAUCAGUUAUGCUCUAAUUGAAUUCUUGAAUGCUCAUACUGAUAAUAUCAGUACUUAAGUGAUUUUAAUGCAGAAUAUUUUUGUGUUUCAUUGUGCUCUAAAAGUGCAACUUAGAAAUCACAAUUCCCACUCAAAAAUCAAUUGGAAAAAUUGUGCAUGUGGCUUCAAGUACAGUGUGUUUUUUUUUCCUGAGCUUGUCGACCUUGUUCACGAGGAGUACAAAGAUUACACUCCUGCCCUGCUAGGAGUGUUCAGCCAGCCAGCACCAAGUAUUUGGAUUGAUCUUGAUGUCUGUUGCAAGCCAGAUUGCAAUGUGCCAAGCCUUGUUUUCAUUGGUUGCGACUGGCAUUCUCUGAAUAUACUUCACAUCUUUUAAUAGACUGUGUGGGCUGCUGCAGGCUGCAAACCUGGCCACUCAGAACCAUAGGAAACAUGAGCCCCACCAGCACUCCCCAUGACCCUGGCCUGCCUUCUUUUACUCACCCUGCCUCCCUGGGAAAGCUAAGAACAUAGUGCAUUAUAGUCAGUCUACUCUGCCCUUCUUUGUCCAUCAUUUUGAUUUUCUAGGCCUCAAAAUCUGCUUCACUGUGAUUUUCAGUAAAGUAGCGGUACUCAGGGUGUUGUGUUACAACUGUUUUUGAAAAAGCAGUCCUGUACUUCUGUCUGUGGAUCUGUCUGCAGGAUGUGGACCCUUCUUUCCCAAUAUGGGCCUCUGACACAUUUGAGAUCUGAGGAAUGUGCAGACAUUGAAGGUGAAGCCUGGCCCAGUUUUCUGUGUACUACUAGGGAAAUAAAGUCUGACUCAGUGGUUACAAACCAAGAAAUGUAAUUGUUUGGCCGUGGAGAACAUGAUUACAAAACUUGAGCGCUGUGGUCUGAUGAGAAUGGAUCACUAUUCAGAAAAUAAACCCUGGUGUGUGUGUGUGUGUGUGUGUGUGUGUGUGUGCGCGUGUGUGCUUGGACAUUAGGGAGUGAAGCAGAAUGUUGGCAUAUUUCCAAAAGAAGAGGACAGGAUUCUGUGUCGCUGCAGACAGUUGGAGAAGCGAGGGAGCUGGGGGUGUACAUGUGUGAGGAGUAGGAAGAAAGGGGGAAAACCCUGUCCUUUUAGCGUACCAUUUGCAUGCUGAUGGCACUCUGUAUCAUUAUAUGGAGGGCAGGUGUAGCUUUUGAUAUGUUAACAAGGUUACUUGUGUGUGUUGUGCUUGUGUUUAUGGCUAUGUAGUCACACUAAUGUGUGCCCUUAAUAUUUAUCUAUAAAAUUCCAUGAAGUAAGAUAGAGCUGAGUGUUUUUUGUCCAUUCUCGGGUUUUAAUAGCAUUUAACAAAUAGUACAACUCAAUGAAAGGAAGAAAAAAUAGUUUGUACUUCAGUAAAUUUCAUCUUUUUAAAUCCACACUUAAACAAGGAUAUCAUGCCCGGGGUGUUAAUUUCAACUGUUGACUGAGGAUACCUUCCAUCAUUUCUAUUUCGUUGCAGUUCCAUAUCUUCCUGUCUCUGUAGCUUUCCUCAUGCAGCUGCUCUGAGUUGUGUGGCUCGCAGUCUUGCACAACGGGGUUAAAAACAAAAUCGCCAUGACGCCUGCCUCAGAGGUGCUUUCCUAUUGGUGCAAGAACUCUGGAGCUGCUCCAAUCAGGCGCAGUGUUUUCUCUGCACUGGGGGAGAAGUGUUGCAGAGGGCCGUGCUGGUUAAUUCUGUUUUGUGCCGAGAAGCAAUGCUUCUUGGGAGAAUAAUGGAAGAGGAGGAGGAGGAGGUAGCGGGGGAGGGGUGGGGGGCUGGCUAUCUACGUAAUCUCUCUUACCCCCCCUCCCGGACUUGUUUUAUGUUGUGUCCUUCAUUUCCUCUUCUUUCUCACACUGUUCAGCUGCCUGUCCUGCUUUCUUGGCUGAGUGUCAUCCUUGGCUGAGUGUCAAGCAGGGAGAAAAAGCUCACCAAUAUUCCGAGUUACUGCCUCUCCACCUUUUGAACUGCAGGCAGCCAUUUUAGGCUUCACCGGAUUGACUCCCUCCCUGUUUUCCAUUUCCCUAUUCCUAACUGCCUCUUUCUUUUCACGUGACUUACUGAAAUAAUGUCAAACUAAAUAAUGGGCAAUUAAAAUACCCAAAGCUCUGUGUGAAUGAGGUGAAACCAAGAUAGCAGAAUCCACAUACACCUUUCAGAGCGUGUUUGCUCAGAGGGUGUUGUCGGGCAGGCAACGAGAGAGCAAAUAAGGAGCAGUGAAGGAGAAAAACAACCAAGAAACUGCUCUUGCACCAAAGUCAAUCCAGUCACUCACCAACCUGCUCACAGCUGCCCAGUUUAAUAACCCUCAGCAGCACUCCUGCGAGGGACAAAGGGUUAAAAAGGAGAGCGAACCUCAGGGGUUUUCUCGUUGAUAAGCACCUCGCUUCAUCACUUUGAGUGAAUGGUUUCUUUUGGGAUGAGCAAAGUGGGAAUUUUUCCAUGUUGCAAACGGGCCUUAUCUUAUUCACAUGCUUUUAAACAGAUUUGGUUUUAAAAUAGAGCAGCACUCCUGAACCUUUUGAACUGUGAACUAUUCCACCCUACAGCCUCAUUGUUGUUCUCUUCACUCACACUCAGACACACACACCAGCACAUACAUCAACUUUACCCGUAAUUUUGGGGCCUUUCCCCAAGAUCUGUUGUUGUGUGUUCGUGUGAGAUCAUUUCUGAACUCUGACACAGUAAGAGAAAGAAAGUGGAGGCUUCCGCAGAUCAAAAUGGCCACCAGUCCUGUUUGUCUAGGAAGAAUGCCUCGUGAUCCUGCAUUGGUUAGUCUCCCAUAUGUGUUAUGUUGUAAAUAAUGUCAUGGGGUGGAGCCCGGGCAAACCCUUGUGCAGCUCUAGAUAAGUCUCCCAGCUAAAAGAGGAAAUGGAAAUGUCAUGUAAAUGUGUUUGUCGUUUACUGUGAACCAGUGUUGAGGGAUGGAGCCUCUCUCUGGUUUAUGUUCAGAGCUUAUCUAACAACAAGAUGGCUGAUUUGGGUGCCAUGCCUUUGCUUGACUUAAAAACAUUCCUUCCCACAUUUGGUAAUAGACACGUCUCACCGGGGCUGCUGCUGUUGUGGAGGUCGUGUCUGUAGUGGGAAAUUCCUAUCUCGAUUAGAUGCACAGACGAGGAUAUUUCACGUCAGCUUUUGAUUUCAGUGUUGCUGUAUUGAAAUGCUCCUUAAGUCUUGCAGCUUUCUUGUUUUUAUUUUUUAAAUUCUAUAAGCAUUAAUUUAUUCCACGAAGAAGCUUGCUUUUAAUUUGGUUUGAGGGGGAAACAGAGGCAGGUCAGACGGAGGUAGUCAAGCCCAAACAGGCAGCAGUAUUUUUGUCUUUUUUUUUUCCCUCCUCCACAUUACUGAGUGGCGUGCUUGUUUGCCCUGAAACAGAUGUUUCAGAUGUUCGUGGUUUGAUUUUGUGUCACUGUGACCCAGCUGUUGACAUAUCACCUACCAUACUUAGCCAUUGUUCUCCCUCGUGCGUCCCCUUAUUCCUGGUUCGGUCCUGGUGAAUUCAGGCUGGCUGUGUUAAUAGCAAGACCCACUGCACUUCAAGUACACACGCUUGAGGCAUCCUACUACAAGCAUGUACAAAUAUAUAUGAAAGCAUCAGCCAAAUGAAGCUUUAUUGUUGAUAUUAUUGUGGUAGCCUCAAUGACAAGCUGCUGCUUCCGUCGGAUCCUGUUUUGCUCCAGAAAGGCUUUCAACCAGCUCGGAAGCAGCCAUGUAUGGUAACAGACAUUCCCUUUGCAGAGCAAUAGUGAAGGCUUGUGAUGGAGCUGAUGUAUUGAGAAAUGGUCUGCACUGUGGCGUCAACUAUCUGUUUUAAAAAGCCUGUUUCAGAGAGAACGUAGAGGAAACCAGGUUUUGGAUUGUUUUGUACUUUGAAUACUGUCGAGGGCGUUGUUUUUGUGCUGUAAGGGCAUAUUCUUUUUGCUUAGCUCUAAUAUUUUCACAGUCACCUCAUUCUGUUUCAUAGUGGCAAUGGUUAGAGAAGGAGUAAAUCUACACAUGAAUAAGAAUGGAACAGACGUCAGACAUACUAGGAGGGAACGGAAAAAAAGGCCAAAAUCAUUGAAUUCCAAAUACUGUGUAUGUACUGUGUGUUUCUGUCCAUAUUUUCAUUUUUUGUAUUUUCAAAAAAUUGGUCGUGAUGCAUACAAAAGAUUAUUUUUACACCGUAGUUUCAGUUUAAUUUAUACCAGGAACCAAAAUUUGGCCACUGAAAAUGGCCCAAAGUGAAUUUUCGAUUUUCAGCCGAAAGACUUUAAUCACUGAAACCACAUAGCUGAAACAGGAUGUGUUAUGGCGCAAGCCAAAACCACAGCCAGCACAUGCUUCUCUGGAUAAGGGCCAACAUGUCUGCACUGCAGUGUGGACGUAUUUUAAUAUAUCUGAGAACCACGGAUUGCGAUUAGCAUAGCGUGUAAGGCUAAAAUUUCAAGAGGAGGUGUAUCUUCAAAGAGUUUCUUUACAUCAAAUUUAAUUUUUCACCCGAUCGCCAUUUUGAAUAUGAGAGGAACGCCACACACGGAGCGGAAAGUGAGGGAAGUUUUAUUUCUUUUCGUCUUCAUUUAUAACUUAAACAGAAAUCAACAUUGCAACGCAAACCCAUGCUCAUCCCGCUCUCGGUUACUUGAAGAAAAAACACAGUAACGCUACUUCGUCUUCUCGCCUUGUCUCUACCGCUCACAACACUUCUUCUCUGAGAAUUUUUGAGGUUUUUUUAACCCUGACUCGCGGGCACCAUCUUUAAGUGUAAACAACACAGAACAUGCAGCAACACACUGACUCAGAAACCCAAAACUCACAUUGCAAAUGCAUUGAUCAAUAUUAUUUUUUUUUUUACUUCAUAUUAAUUUAUGCAAUUGCAAUUCCUUGAUAUUAGUGAGAUUAGUACACAGUCAUAGCCAUAAAUGCAAUGGCAAUUCUAAUUGGCAUAACAACUUUUUUCAGUUUUCAGCCUAAAAUUGUCUUUUCGUUGCAUCCCUAAUUUACACAUUAGAGAUUUUUUUCCCUUCACCUUUUGUCUUGGCCAAACUGUUGGUUCAGUAAAACUAAAAUGACAAGACUUUGAGCAUAUAAAGGAAAAAAAAGACUAGUUUAUUUGCUUGUGUUAAAUUUGGUGGUACUCUGUAAACGGUGGCCGUUAUAAACUGUGAGAGGAUGUUCAAAUACAAAUCAGUAAGACGCUCUGACACCUGUGUUCAAAGUCCUAAACGUUCACUUUGAACAUAAGGAUGCAUGUUUUUCAUUUGUAACUCGACACUGGCUGUAAGUGUGCGGCUGAAUCUUUUGUUAAUUUUUUUUUGUGUUGUGUUUAUACUUCUUUGUGAUAUUGUAAAUUGUGUUUGGGUGAGUGUGAAAUCAGAGCUACAAUAAGCUCCACUUCCCCACUGGCCACAUAUCCCAUUGGUCUGAAGGCCAGGCUCUAUUGAUUUGCCUGUUUUUCAUCUUCAAUUUCCUCCUGCUGUAGCUUAGAGAGUGCAGCUCGACCUGUGCAGUGCUAGGGAACAGCAGAUAUAUUCAUAUCCUGCCUGUACAGCAAGCAUGUGUGCGGGGGCAGAAUGUGGGAGCUGGUGUAAUCUCACUGGACUAGAUGUGUUGUGGAGGUUUUGGCGAGGCACAGGUGGACUCUCUGCGAGUAUGGACAUAAUGUUCAAAGCCAAGUUGUUUAUGAAUGUCCAUCUAUUUGUGUGUGUGUGUGUGUCUGUGUGUGUGUGUGUGUGUGUGUGUGUAAAAGCUGGCUAUCUCUCUGCAAAGGUAAAUGUGGAAAAUACUAGACAGUGUGUCAUCAAGGAAGAUUGCCGGCAGAUUGAUGUUCCCCCUCCCUUCAGCCAACCUCUUAUGGAGCCUGUCAGCAGUAUUGCAGUGUCACAAUGGUAAUGGCUGGCUAACACCAAGAUAAAAAAAAACUAAAUGUUUUGGGGACAAUUGCAUCGUCCUUUUGCGUCCUUUCACAGUUACAUGUUGGUUAUAGUUUUCUCCUUGUAUGUGUUAAACAAGGUCAAAUGAUCUCCUACUCUAAGGUUAUGAUUUCUUUGUAGUAACAACAGAAAUAAAAGAACCCUAUAAUGGAUUUUGCUGGACAUUAGGAAAUUAACGUGGCAUCAUACCAUCAUUAUCAUUAAAACUAAAUCAAACAAGUGCGCAUGCAGGGCUCUACACUAACUUCUCCUAACUGGUAGCACUGAUGCUGCUAACUUUCUCUGUUGGGGUUGUUACAGCAUGACCAUGCAUCCUGAUGAAUAGUUGUCUUCAUUGACAUAAAGUUUCAAUUGGAAACUGUGUUGACCGGGUUACAAAUUUAGACUUGCCUGCAGCAGACAGGCCGCACUGUUGACAAUGGACACACAGCAUAGCUUUCCCCUCCUACCGCAACCAUGGGUACUGUGUUAGCCAUCUUGGUAAUCUGGGUUCCGUUACCUGCUGCUCGCCGGUGUUAGUUGGGUAAAUCCGGUGCUGCUGCUGUGUCCAUGGCCAUGAGGAUGCGAAGUCGACCCGUAUUCAUGCACGUGAAAAUAGUUUCAAAUUAAAUGACCUCAGACCUUCUUAUUUAUUGACAAUAGGGAUGCUCCCAGCGGUUAAUUUCACUGACGUUUAAACAACCAUUUUGAAACUGAAUAUUCGAAUACACGAAAAUUAAUUAACUCCCAGAAAAUAGCCCAAAUUGAGCACAUGCCGAUCUAUAUGGCUAGAUAUCAUCUGAAAUAAAUAUUAAGAGUACAUGACAGCCAUGCUUAUAAUAUUAAAACAUGUUACAGAAUCUUAUUUUAGCGCUGGGGAAUGACAUACAGUACGUGACAGAUCAAAGCAAUUAAGCUCCGCUCUGCUGCGCUCAAGCCAAGCAGCCUGCUGCAUCAUCGGCCUGCCUCACACCAUAAGCACAAAAUGAAGAGUCUUAUCUAAAUCAAAAUACUCCCAAACUUUGCUCUUUUUUCUCACCGACAUCGCUCUGGCUGAUCGCAUGUGUUGAUUCACUCUGACUAAGUUAACCUGUCUGUAAAACCCUUUGUGUUUUAAAACCACAUGAGUAGACAGAAAAUAUCCUGUUGCGAUGAAUUUCAGCUUUGGCUACUGUGGAAAUGGCUGUUGGUUAGCUUUACAGUCAGUAAUGCACUGCUUCCUUUCAACUAUACCACUGUUACUAAGUCUUUAGCUAGUGAUUCAAAUAUCCAGAAGGAAACAAAGGGGUCCCUGAACGACACUGCAGCACUAUUUUACAUUGAAGUUUUGUUCUUCUCUUGAAUUUGCUUUGACACUUUCAGAAUAAUUUCUUCACUUACUGUAAGCAGAGCUGACCUAUUUAUUUUUCAUGUCCUUCCAGCAGUAAAAUCAAACUAAUUCAUUUUACACUUCAAAAAAACAGUGUACAUGGUAGGGACACCAUGCUCUGAUGCAUGUUCAGAUUUUUCAUCACAACCAAAACCAGAAAUGAUUUUGACAGCAAUAACCAGCUGCUGUUGAUGUGACUUGGUGUUGUGAAACGGUUUUUUUUAUGUCAAAGCAGGUUUGUAUGUUUGUUAAAUUUUGUUGUACCUUUGAGGGGUUGUGCAUUUGAUCUGGAUUUGUUUGAUACUUAAGGUAGACAUGAAGAAAUUUCAGACAGUCAAAUUGUUCCCUUCAGGACUGUAUGGUUCACAUAUGCCAGAGCUGUAGUUUGUUUGAAAUCAAAAAAAGUAAGGGGAGAAGAGUAAUGUGAGAGAUGACUUGGUGGAGGGACAGGGAGCGAGAGAGGUUUUGCUGUUCAUUUUGUGUGUUAUGUCCCUCCCCCUUGGACUUGUCUCCAAAAUGGCCUCUGUUCUAGUGGAAGUGAAAAGACUUUGUUGAGCCUGCUGGUAAUUUGAGCCCGGUAUUCAUGGCCAGAGGAACGAACAAGGGAAGGAGAGAGGUGGGGGAGGAGGAGGGAGUGAGGUAAAGAAAGGCUUUCCUUCUUCGUAUGGAAUUUACCUCCCUAGUUCACUGUCUGGCUCUUUUGGAAGAAGCCCAAAUAGUGACUCCCUUUGUGAGUCAGGUAGAACCGAGCUGGCUAUUUUUGUGAGGCAGCAAUCAUCCACAGGGAUAAUAAACCACCAGUGGUUUUUGAAAAGGCUUUAGUUGGGGCACCUUGGAAUCCACUACAUAUCAUCAUGUCCAAAUAUGUUAUAAAGUCUUUUUAACCCUUUGUGGCCUGUUCAUGGUUUUCCUCUGGAUGCAGGAAACGGUUUUCUAAUAACCUACAUCUACCACUCAGCCUCUGUUUCUGUUCACCUUCGUGUCCUUUCUCAUCAAGGCUAUUUGAGUUCUCCUGUUGUAAUCAACAGCUAGCUGACAUUUCUUUUGCUACAUACCUACUAGUGUGUGUCUGCGUGUGUGUGUCUGAGUGUGUGUGUGUGUGUCCAGCUGGAUGGGACUGACAUUCUCCAUUUGAUAGUGAGCACAGCUGAGCUGACCUUGACAUUAUUGGAAGUCCCAAGCCUGGCUGUGGUUGCCUCGGUGCUGGAGUGUGAGGGCAACAGUGGCUGUAGCCAGGGGACCACUACAGAAAUGUCAUGAAUCCUGUUGUUGCGGCUCUGAACUUGUAAAACAGCCUUUGUUUGUAUGUCAUUUUCUGUAUUUUGUCGUUGUUGUGUAGGAGGGACUUUGCUUAAAUGUACUUGAUUCUCUAAACUAAAAUGAUGGGACUUUUUCUGUAACUGUGUCACACAGCUAAAAUUGAUUUUCACUAAUGUGUUAAAGCCUCUCAAAAUGUAAACUUUUGAGAGUCGGACAAAUUACCCUUAUAUCACAAUUUAUUGCACAACUCAUAAUAGAAGUCACACAUAAAACAUUGUCUGUUUUUGGGGGGCUACCAGUGUGAAAAAGAUUGGAACUGUUUUCCUGUGUCAGCAAUGUGCAGAUUCUAUGAAGAUGUGUAGCUCUUCCGAGCAGCCUCCAUCUUUUUUCUACUCUAUUAGCGACCAUGCUAAUGGUAGUUGAGUGCAGCCUGUAGUACAGAUUGUCAAACCACCCGGGACCAAUUCACUGAUGCCAACUUCUAUUGUCGCUCUUCUCAAAUUUGAAUUCAAGUUCGCACCCCACAAGGUCUUCUCUCUUCAUGGCCUCCGAGUAUGUAUGACCUAAUGAAGGAGAAAAGUGUUAAAAAGUGGUGUCUCCAGAACAGCCCGCCUCAUCAUGUAGCUAUCUACUCUACAUUUAAAUGGGCACUUGCUUACUCAAGUACCAUCCUCUGGGUUAAUUUCAAAACACAAUCCUACACGCCCUGCUGCAUAGGAUGCAGCAUAUGCCUGAAAUGAUAAAAAGCAUUAAAGCAGGGGUCGGCAAGUAGGUUUGACCUCGGGCCAAAGUUUGUCAGAACUGUAACAUGGAGAGCCAGAAUAUUUGACUGCGCCAUCUUGUGUUGGGAGAAAAAUUGAUUUUCACGAAUGUGAAACACUUGUUUGUGGGGGAGCCCUGACGAGUCGAUCACCGAGUGCAGCAGAGUUUCGCAGCUCAAGGAAGAACAUUUAUGAUUAUCACUUCAUGGUAAUGCAAUCAGACCAAGAUGCCAAGGCAGAGGACCUGCCGGGCCUGCAGUGCAAAAUGAUUAUUAUGAUGAUUAUUACUUCAUGGGAGCGAUCUGCUACACUCUGUGAUCGACUCAUCAGGGCUCACCCACAAACAAGCGGCUGCUGGAGGAGAGUGGGUGAGUUGUGUUUAGUCUCUUUGCUUAAGAAAUGAGGCAAAGCUAAAAAGAUGUUUGAUGGCUAGUACUAUGGCUGGGACCCUUUAUGUACUGUUGAUGAUGUUAGGUGCUGUUCUGAGCAUUAUUUGUGGCUAUAGAGUGGCUUUUUGGUUGAGAUUUGCACAUGGAGAUGUAGAUGCUGUGUAUUGCUAUUGUGCGACUGUAUCUGUUCAAUUCAAUAUCAAUAUCUGGUAUCUGUUGUAUUCUUAAGAGGCUUGUAUAUAUAUUAAGAAGUGAGCAUUUGUCAAAUUUGGUACAAUAAUCAAACUCUUAAAUUGAAAUUCAAAGGUAAAACAUUGCUGCAGGAGUUUUCUCCCCCGCCUUGAUUGGUGAUGUGAGAAAACUGGCUGGCAGAAAAAGGGUUUUUAUCUGUGAAUCUUGUACAGCUGUGAUUUCAUCGGUUACAUAUUCUCCAAAGUCUUCUCCUGAGCAUGUGAAUGGAGCACAGUGGGUCCUGCUCGCUCCUCUCUGCCUCUGCAGCUGACUGAGUAAGCAGGAAAAAAGGGAGUGAGAGCAGAGGAGUGUGGGUCAGUGUUUCAGCAGUCACAUGAUAAGAGGGUUGGGCCUGAUGUUGGAUGACUCACCCCUUCAGGCGUCUGGAAGGAAGGCGCCUCCUGCUGGUUCCAUGGGUCGGUGCAUGGUAAAGUUGAACUGUGAAGCUCCCGGUUGUUUUUCUGCUCUGUGAAAAGACCCCUCCCCUCUAGGCUUGAACCCGCUGCAUGGAAGAGAGAAAGGCAUAUCACAUCAUGUACAUAUCAAGUUAUAUUUUUAGACACAGAUGAGAGCUCUCCAGUGUUUCUCACGUUAAAACCUCUGUGGUCAACAUGAGUCAGCAAAUCUUCCUGCAUUAUUAGGCCUGUUAGACGGAUGUUUCCCCAUGUUGUGUUUAAUAGAGCCAUUGCAACACCAGUGUUGGGCUUGCAUUUUUGUUUUCUGUAUCUUUUUCAUUUGACUGUUAUCUUUCCCCUUUUACUUGAAAUCUUUUUUAAUCCACACUUGACUCGUUGUCAUUUUGUAAUAUUUACCAAAGAAGCAAAUGCGUCACACCCUAUUGUUGAGCACUUUUAGCUCAAUUUCUAAGUGAAGGUUGCGCUGAAAUACAACAAACAGGAGGUAUUUUUAUUUCUGGAUGGAUAACGUGCCUUUAACCCUGCCCAUCAUGAGAUGUGAUGCAAAUACAAAUGCCACUGAUGACACUGGCUGCAACAGCUCAAUAUGUCAAGGUAUGUACAGUAGCAGCUUGGCCGGUAAAGUUACAGGACUGAUGUAACACCCACUAAAACACACACUUGACCGCUCAGCAAGAUGUCAAAGAUCCCCCAGGGAGGUAGAGACUACAGCAGAACAGAUCCUUGUGUGGAAGCUUAAUGUAUAUUUAAGAUACUUGACUGCAAACUAAUCGGCAACAUCAAUAUCAUGUGAUAUUGAUAUCAGGGGUGUAAUGUCUCACAACACAAGACAUCAAACACUGCACAGUCCGUAAUCCUCGGUUAUGUCUGUUUUGCGGACAUUUGUCAUUUUUAUCAUUUUUAUUUUGAGCUGACACUCACAAAUUUUAAAGAUUGAGGCAGCAAAUUUGGUGAGUUCUUAUUGCCCGUAGAACUCCAUCAAUGCAUUAUAGCGCCAUCCAGCCUACUUUGUCCGCUAAAUGGACAAUAGACUUCCAUUAAAAACACGUUUUUUUUGACCGUGUAUCUAUGGCACCAUAACAACAUAUUGCAAACUUUUUGUUGCAGUCACGCGAUCACCAGGGCUCUAAAUUUUACUUUCUGACAGUGAUUCAACAGAUUGUGCCAGCGUGUAACUUUAUCCCCUACAGUGCCGCGCAAGUAAGUUUCCAUUUAUGGACUGAGAGUGUGUGAAGCGUUAUUUCAUCCACUCAACAUCAUCAGAUUUAAAUGAGACUUUACGUGCCACUAAAUAUGGAGGUCUAAGAGUGGGCUACAUGUGUGAAGGAAGUUUGUAUGCACCUAUGUGUCUGCAGGGGUGUAAAUCUGCAUCCAUGUUUAUAGCGUAGCAUGCCAUAAGCGGGGUUUUUUUUACAGUUGAAAAUGAAAAAAAAAAGUUUAAAAUUGAUUAUUUACAAGUUGUUUUUAAGUGUUCAUCACUUAUCUGCAUGUCCGUUUUGGGGACAAAGUAGACUGGAUGGAGCUAACAUACAGAAAUUGGCACCAUAAAAAUGUAAAUGCACCAAAGUUGGUUUUACUGCUCAUUACUGACAUGGCCCAGACUCUAUUUAAAAAAAAAUUCAUCUAGGUCAUUUUAUAUGGGAAAUAUGGCGAUUUUGUGUUUUUUACCAAUAAAAAUAACACUGACAUGGUGCACAAUAAUGAGCAUAAAAAGGGUGUAACAUCAAAUUUUUUAUUUAUUAUUUUUCUAAUGGUCAGUGCUGAAGUUGUUUAAGAGACAUGAGUCAAAAAAAAAAAUAAAUGAUAAUUUUAUGAACAAUUAUCUGCAUGUCUGUUUUGGAGACAAAGUAAGCUGGAUGGAGGCUAAAACCAACAGGAACCAGAGGAUGCUGUGAUGUCCUAAAUGUUUUGUGAGGUUGGAAGUGCAACCUGUCUUGCAGCUUAUUAGCUUCCCACAUAUGUUGCAUUUUUCCUGUUCAUCGCUUCUCUUCUUCUCACAAAAGAAGUUACACCCUGGACCGCUUUCCCCGGUCCAUUUUCCAUCGCUAGUUCUUGCCUUUGCUAGCCGCUGCUAGCUCCUCUGUCACCUGACACGUGACAUAGUGGACACGCUACUGACAGGUCCUGGCAGAUAUCUAAAAUCUGUAAGCAGCCGCUGUGUAAAUGAGUACAUCCAGGAACUGACAAGCAGAACUGAAGUUAUUAUCUUUUAUAUGGGCAUCUGGUACCCGCUAAAUUUAAUUUGGUUCCCACUUGACACCAAAUUUCAGUACCCAACCCUCGUUCAACGACUCUGUGUUGGCCAGGUUUUUACCUCACUCCACAUAACUAGUUUGAGACUGCCGCAGGAGCAGGAGCAACCUUUGGAAUCAAACAACAAAUUGAAACUAGAGGUAGACUGAUAUUGGUUUUUAGCGCUAUUGGUGCUGAUUAUGUGUAGAUGAUGAGAUUGAUAAUAGAUGUUCUACUCUAAACUUAAAUGUUUGUAAAGUUAACCAGUCAAAUAUACUAACCAAUCAGAUGGUAUUGUGGGCGGAACAUUGGGUGAGGCAACGUGGCGCAAGAAAUCAGACCCAUCGAGGUAAAGACAAAGCAGCUGAGCAAAAGUAGGACACUUGUAAUAAACAGAUUUUAUUAGCCUCCUGUUAAAAAGAAAAUAAAAACAAAAAAGGGUUCUUUAUUAGUACCAAAAGGGGAAAUUUGUUGUGUAGACAGGUGUACAGCUCCCAAAAAACAACAACAACAAAGCAGCAAAUAUGAUUCAGAACUAGGACACAUUAAGAACUCCAUAAAACACACAAACAAAAGACGCUGAAACAACCCACUGCUGUUUGCUGCAAAUGUACGCCCCCAGGCCAUGGUGAAUAAAGAUUCUGGUCUUAAUGCCAAAAAUAGGCCCUGAUAAUUGGUUAUGGCUGAAAUCUAAAAUCUAAUCUUCUCAGAAAAACCAGGCAGGGACAUAAAUCAGCUGACUAACUUGGAUGACAGAAAACCAUGUUUGACUUUUAUUGAAUUAUUGAAUUUUUAUUGAAUCUUAAAGUUUGACUUUCAUUUGUCUAAUCUUAUGUGUGGCUUUCAGGCAUGUGCUGAUAUGAAAAAUUUGAUAUCACGAUAAUGGUGGCCCAAAAUAUCACGAUUCACGAUAUUAGCGCAUUGCUUUUAACGUUAUUAAAAAUGGCAAAAAACUGCGAAAUCACUUCUCUGUGCACAGCAUGACACGCACAAACAAUAUGAGCAAGAGGCAGCUAACGCGACGUUGGGAGCAUUAGCUUUUAGAGCUAAAGUUAGCAGAAACGUCACUAACGUUGUCAAUUAUAAGCAGUAGAGUAGACCAAACUUGUUGCAGUCUUGUUGUUUUUACCUUGAUUUGGGCGAACGGUGCUGGAUGGUGUUCACAGAGGUGGGCACGUAGGUUUGUAGUGUUAGACAACGGCGUUGGUUACAGUGAUUGGUUACAGUAGUCUGUCUAUCAAGGAAAGUACUCCCGCCCACUUUUAGGGCUCCCAAUUGGCCGAAGUCCAGACUGUUGUGGGAAGGAACGGCAAGUGAUUCACGCAACUGGAUGGCCCAGCCAGGCUAGUGAAAGUCUAGUUCUUUAAUUGUUGUUAAAUUGUUAAUGGAAAUGAUUCGUCCUGUUGGAAAGUCUGCUCUUCAUGUUCAUCAUGUUCCUUAUUUACUGCUGUUGAACGUGUCGACUUGUUUUGGUGGUGAUCCUUUUCUUUCCCCGGGACAUUUGCUUGUUGUCCGUCUUUUAUUGUACUGAACUCUGCUGCAGAUCAUACAGCACUUGGACAUCAUCAUGUGAAUGCAUCAUCACUUCAAGUACAUUCCUGGUGGUUUUCUACACUGAUCUCACUGGUAUUGUGCUGCCAGGCUGAUUUGUAUGCUUUGCUGGUUCGCCAUUGUUUAUUACACCUCUCCUCUUCCUGCUACUAUUUAAAAAUAUCUGCCUGUAAAAUGGUCAAGGUUUUUUCUGUCACAAACAAAGCGAGCUAUAAAACGUGACACCAAAUACAAAUGUCUUUUUGUCACGUGUGUACAGAGAAAAGGUUUGGUUUUAAUUUUCCAGGCAAAAUGCUUUACCUUUUCCAAAGUGUCACCUGAUAAGAUAGAUCAGAUAAUAUUUAAUACAAUCAGUUAUUUACUCUAAAAAAGAACACGUGUUUGAUGGCAUACGGGAUAAAAGCUAUCACAGACAUUAAUCCAAAAUAUUCAAAGUGCAGUUCUUGCAGGGAAGAGCAUUUUCUUUUCUUUUUUCGUCACAUGACAUGAUCUGCUGAGUCAUGCAGCAGGCUGUUUGUUGCCUGUAUCCUGCUUGUGUCUGUGUGGAUGUCUGAUGGUCUAUCUGCUUUCCCUUUCUCCUCAGGUCCCCCAUGACCGUCAGCCGUAAGCUACGGCUCGGCGGCACCCCACCUCUAAAGUGGUCUGCCGCUGUAGUUGGGACCCUGUGAUUCCUCUCGUCACCGCCUCUCUUUCCCCUCCCCCAUCCCAUCCUGUCCCUCCCCUCUCCCUCCCCCCCCUCCCCCUUCUCCCCCCUCUUCCCCACUCCCUCGCGUCGCUGUGCUGGACGUCAUGAGCAUAGUAAUCGCGCUGGGAGUCACCACACCUGAAACGUCUUACUCAGAUAUGGCUGCUGGAUCAGAGUAAGUACCCAUAACCAGGAAAUAAGGUUCAAACGCUUGUUCCCUUCUUAACUUAACUUCACCCACACUUCAAAAAAAAAAGAAAAAAAUCCUCAACAAGGAAUAUAGUUACGUCCUUAGGGAGCCAAUUACAUUCCAACCAGCUUGUUGAUAAGUGCAGGUGAGUCAAUAUGACUUGAAGAAAACAAGUGUCACAGGCUGUAAGCAGACUUCCCGAUAAACCUGAUUAUCCACCUGCAGGAAGAGAAAACAACGAGGAGUGCAGAAGUACGUCACAGCAAUGGCUCGACGAUUGGCCUAGUUCUCAUUCAUGAUUGUGCAUAAUCACUAUUUUGUAAGUAAAACAAAAGCUAAAAGGAUAGUAAGUCGAAAUAAGAUAGAGAUAAAAGAGAAAAGAGAGAAAAAGAGAGAAGUUUUUAACAGCAAACCUGCCAACUUUGGACUUUUAAAGGGGCCCUCAACAACAAAACAUUUUUAUGCCAUGAUUUUAUUUUACAUAAACGUCCAACUAGUAACCAACUGUGAAACUACCUUAGUAAUCACAGACUAGGCAUGUGCCGAUAUGAAAAAUUUGAUAUCACGAUAUUGGUGGCCCAAAAUAUCAUGAUUCACGAUAUUAGCGCAUUGCUUUUAACGUUAUUAAAAAUGGCAAAAAACUGCAAAAUCACUUCUGUGCCAACCGCCAACCUUCCAGUUGUUGAACGGCCCUCCUAAACUACUGCCACCCCACUCAUUAUUCUUGAAUUUACUUCUUGUUUGAGUGUUUACUGAGCAGACCGUAAUAAAACAUCAACUAGGCAUGUGCUGAUAUGAAAAAUUUGAUAUCACGAUAUUGGUGGCCCAAAAUGGCACAACCUUCAAGCCUUGCUUUUGAACGUUAUUAGAGAGGAAAAACAAAAGACAUGAGUGUAAGUAAAACCAUUAGAGUAGGCACCGUCUGACCAAUGAGACUGUCGAGUUUUUGUUUGUUCUAGUGAGUUUACGUCUGGUUUCUCAUUUGUAGAUAAUACAGAGGAAUUGUUCAACAAUGUUAAUGUUAUUAUCUGACUGUUCUGUGGACUUUGAUCCAGUGACGUUUCCUCAUUCCUCAGAUUUACGAUAUCAGGUUGGUGGAGGAAAAAUGUUGAAAUCAUUAGCCAAAAGCAAUCAAUGGCUAACCUGCACGUACACAGGGUCAUUAUUUCCUUUCCCUCAGUCAUUGGUUUUUGAGGAGGACCAUGACGUAACUUAUCAUUGAUCUCUGCAUAGGACUGAUAGAGAAACCAUAUUAUAACCUCCUCCUCUUUUCAGCCAAUCCAUAUGAUUCUUUCAUGAACUUACCAUGGUGCUGAAGAGUAUCAGGGAUCAGAGAUAAAACUUCAAGGCAAAAAAAAGAAAGUCAGUUUCAAGACAAAUAUUGUAAAAAAUGGAGUCUUGAGAAAAAGAUCAAAAUUCUGUGUCUUGAAAAUAUCCAAGGUUGCUAAGUUUUUACAAGUGCCAGAAAUCUUUCAAAUCUUUGAGAAAGCCAGAGCUUAUGUAAAACUUGAACAAAGUGAAAACCAGAAACAACAGAAGUCAUUUUCCUGCGGGGGGGACAACUCACCCUCAGCUGCCUCAUCAUUAUCAUCUCUGUUUCUUUUUUUUCAUACUGUAAUCACAGCUGACUCACUGUGGAGCAGCCCCCUCUUUAUAUAACAGAGGUGAACUGUUAUCAUGUUUCUACAUCAGGCUCUUUGUGUGCAGAGGAAGGUCCUUAGUAAGAACACUUGCCACUUCUCUGAAAGUAAGCCGUCUUGUGUGACUGAGCUUAUGUGGAAUGCAGUUGGUCUCACCCCCUUCCUCCCUAUUCAAGGCCCCCUUUGGUUUCCACCCAAACUCAGUCAAGAGGAUUUUUGUGUAACACGUGAAAUUACUCUGUCAUGAUACAGAAAAAAAAAGGGAUCUAAAUGCGUGGGUUUUGAUUGUUAGUGUAAAACAGAAGUUUAUUGAAGUAUUAAUAAGGAACAGAGGUGAAGGUUGAAUGCCGGGUUUUUUCUGUGUUUGGCCAGACUUCAGUUAAAGGGCAAGAGGAGUUGCAUAACAUAAUGGCGGCCUGCAUUCCAUUUCCUUAACUGCCGUGCUCACUGCUAUAGAGAGUAACCUCAAGGUUGUGGUGCCAUCUAGUGGCUGUCGAUGGACCACUCCUGCCACUGAUAUUGAUUUAUGAGUGUUGCUGUGCCUUGGCAGGAAUGGUGCCUCUCAAUUUGAAUUGAAUGGAUGAAGUUUUUUUUUAUCCACACUCUUGUUCAGUGACCACAGAGGGCAGAUGUCAUAAAUCCUUGUUUCCCAAAAGUCUGUGUUCUCUUGUCAUUCCGCAGCCCCGAGUCAGUUGAAGCAAGCCCUGCCGUGAAUGAGAAAAACUACAACAACCACAGCUGUGGGAGCGCACAGAGUCAUGGGUAUCGGGGACUACCAUAUGCUGUGAGUUCGACUCCCUCUUUGUUAUCUUAUAUCAUCAGUUCUAAUCAUAGCAUGUCUUACUGUAUGGAAUUAGUUUGACUUUCUUUUUUUCAAAGAGAUGCUGACUAGUUGUAAUGAACCAAUCUUGUCUUGUUUUCUAAUCUUUGAUUAGUUGCUUGUUCUAUGCAUUUAGGCCGGUAAGAGUAAAAUGAAGGAUUGGGUUUGCCUCUAGUUUGAUUGAAAACUAUGUGAAUGUCUAUCCUGCUAUUAGUCUUCUGUAACCACAAUCUACUUCCGUUAUUAACAGCUGUACUGUGUCACAUACCUGUUUUUUGCCCUCAUUUUCAUUCUUCUCCAUUUUCCGUUUCCCUUUUUGCCUGAACACCCGUUGUUUGAAGAUGCAACAGUCUUCCGUUGUGUGUUGUCAGGAUCACAACUAUGGCGCGCCCCCUCCCCCUACCCCACCCGCCUCCCCGCUCUCCCAAACCAUCAUUCCCCGCAUGGAUCUCAACGGUGUGGUACGCGGCUCCCGCUACCACGAAACUACUGAGGACAACUCAGCUGACAGCGACAGUUCCUCAGAUGAGGACGGGGCUGUGGCCAGCUGGUGUCACUGCAGCCUGACGCCAGACGGCCUGCUCAUCAAAUGUGACAACUGCAGGUGAGAGAUGAGAAACCUGCCCGGUCAGGAACGUUCAGCAGGAGUGCUGCUGGUCUGAAAAAAAAACAAAACUGGGAAAGACAAACGAGUGCUACAAUACAAGAUCAAGAAGAUUACAACUCUUGACCCACUUUUUCUUGAUCACAUUUGAUGCAUACUGUCUGUUCUUGCUUAUAAAUAUGGGGUCAAAUGAUUGACAUAUAAUAAAAAAUGAAAAUAGAUGUAGCUAUAAAUCUAAAAAAGACAGUUGGAAUAAGUUUUCUUGUCUUUUUUUUCUGCAGGGGACUCAACAGAAGGAAAGGAACAGAUGGACAACACCGGAAAACAGAAAACGUGUCAGGUACGUGGUCUUCUGUGUUUAUUUUUACAUCCAUAAAAUGACAUGAAAUCGCCACAUCUAUAUAUCAGACUAUGAUUGCAUUCACCGUUAGCUGGAGAGAGCAGCGCCACAGAGAGCGGUGAUGAAGAAGUGUCUCCAUCCACCAUCUCCUACACCGCCACGCAGCAUACGCCAACCAGCAUCAAACUUACUGUCAACCGGGUGAAAAGGAGCAAAUCCAAAAAGAGGAAGAAGAGCACUGAGAAGGCCAGGGGCACGCCGAAGGGCAAGAAGGUCAAGGUAGUUAAAUUGCAACCUAAUGAAUACAUGUGAUUUCCUUAAAGCUCUGUUGAUUCGUAGCUACGAGAAGAGCUUGAAACAUGGUAACUUUCUCAUUUAUUUUUUAUUUUUUCCACUUCUCGUAAAGGCUUUCAGAGAGGGUUCAAGAAAGUCCAUGAGGAUGAAGGUAAUGUUUGAGCUGAUUAGACUGUGUGAACAUUUGAAUGAAGAUGAGAUAUCAACCUUAUACUUCCCUGUUUUACUUUUGCUCAGAACUCAACAACAGAGGCCAGUGUGUUGGACGAGAACACCACAGAAGGAUGGGAGAGCAGGAUCCGCCAGUGGACGGAUCAGUAUGAAGAGGCUCUGGCCAACCAGUAUAGCGCCGACGUCCAGACACUGCUCCAGUUUCACCGUACUGCCAGCACCACUGUCUCCAAGACUGAGAGUGGUGCCACACCGCCUCCCUCUGACACACAGAUCCAUGCCUCUGUGGACACCAUGGACACCAUAAACCGCACUGAGCUGGCCUGUAACAACACAGUACUGGGCUCACAGAUGCAGGUCAGUCUCAAAGGUGGAACCAAACAUUCAUUUAGCAUUUCACAAAAGAAGUUAUACGUAUACGAGUCUAGUAACAUACAAUGACUAAGCUUUUGAUACGAGAAAAAGAAGAGAGAAGAAGAAAGUUAGCUUUCCUUGGAUAGGACUGUGGAGAGAGACAGGAAACGUAAACGGGGGUGACAUGCAGCAAAUGGUCUAGGCCAGGACUUGAAACCCUGACCAUCGUAAGGGCUAUAGCCUUCAUACGUGGGGCCGCUAACCCGCCAGGCUAUCUGUGUGGAAACAAUACAGUAUCUAAAUGUCAGCUCUGCUUUGACUCAUAUAAGAGUUUAAAUGACUAAUACCAUAUUUAUUAUAAGAGGGCCAGCACUUUUCAGGACUAACUAUUAAAAACUCUUUAAAGAUCAAAGAGAGUUUAUAUGAAGAAAUAAAAAAGAUAAAAUUAGGAUGUUAUUUUUGUGCUUUUAUGUCUUGUAGCUUUAAGUUACAUAUUUAAAUGGACUGAAAUAUAAUCACAUGUCCAAGUAAAGCACCUCAGGUUUUUGGUUUUGAAAUGACCUGUAGUCUAUCAGAUCAUUCUGGUGAUGGUACAAACCUUUUGAUACGUGCGUCAAUGUCAACCAGCUUACUUAAACACAAGAUUUACUAGCCGGCCUCUGCCUCAAUCGCUUUGUUUGUGUUGAGUAACUUUGGGGUCAAAAUGGGUUCAUAGUUAUUGUGUAACACACAAAAACGCCACAGCUAUAACUAGCUAUUGGGUGAGGAACAGUCGAGAGAGUCCUGUCUUCUGCAUGUGAAAUUGGUUUUGUUUAAAGUUUGGUGGCUGGAAAGAAAGUGAUCAAACAGCUGUUCCUGGGACGGUGGUUAUCUCUUUAUGAAUACUCCUUACAGUAUGACAUCUGCCCAUGUAAGGAUUCACCCAGAUGUAAUUGAUUGUGGCGCUUGCCACGGCAAAAUAGAAGCCAUCACACUCUAAAAAUGAUGUUUUUUUUACAUGGCGACCUUGAACUCAGUAUGUAUCAGUUUAUGCCCCUCCCGCUCUCAGAGUAGAUCACCACCCCACCUUGCUCCAUGUCCUACACCGCCGCACAUUCCCGUUCUGUGGGAAACACUGCCAUGAUAUAUAAGAAAUGAAACUGGAGGGUCUAGAUUUGGGGAAUCUUAAGUUAGCCGUCAGUACCACAUGUUUGAUAUCUUUCUGCAUAUUCAUGCUUAUACUCUAUGGUUGGCUGUUUUUAGCUUCAGUUGGGGCGGGUAACACGGGUGCAAAAACACAGGAAGAUCCUCCGAGCCGCCAAGACCCUGGAACCGGACACCCUCAUCAUUGAAUAUCGGGGGAAGGUCAUGCUCAAACAACAGUUUGAGGUCAACGGGCACUUCUUCAAAAAGUAAGAGAUCUUGAUGUAUGUUUAAUUUAUUCAGUGCUUGAGUCCGACAGCAGGUUACAUACAUUAAUCAUGUGGUGCAGCUUUUGAUACCAUUGUCCUUACCUUUUCCAGACCCUACCCUUUUGUGCUCUUCUACUCAAAGUUUAAUGAUGUAGAGAUGUGCGUCGAUGCAAGGACCUUUGGAAACGAUGCCCGCUUCAUCAGGAGGUCAUGCACACCCAAUGCUGAGGUCAGACACCAGCCUAAUAUCUUGGAGAUUCUUUUGAGUUGAAUCAUUGUUUUUUAAAUGAGGAAACUCAUACAUGUGUUUUUGUCCACAGGUUCGGCAUAUGAUUGCUGAGGGCAUGAUUCAUCUAUGUAUAUAUGCCGUCAGUCAAAUUACAAAGGAUGCAGAGGUCACCAUUGGAUUUGACUACGAGUUCAAUAGUUGGUCAGUACUGUUCAUUAUUUUCCACUUACUCUCAAACCAACCACCUGUACCCAUGUUUGAGUGAAAACACACAUUUGGCUUGUGGCUAUCACAACAUGUUACCGAAUCACUAAUUGUGAUUAUUUAAGACCCAAUCUGAUGAAAAUCGUGUUUUCUUGUUGUCUACAUGUUCAUACAAGCAGUAUCUCUAAAAGAAAUCCGGAAUAUAAGUGUAAUUUACAUUGGCUAACACCUGUAAACACAAGGCUGACAGAGGCAGGAGAGUCACACAACAGCUGCAGUAAAAACUGACAUACUGAUCCCCUCAGUCCUGUAUGUGAAAAAAGUUACACACACAAAACACAAGUACUAAUGCUUAGAGAUGUUGGAAAAAGGGCAAUCUACCCACUGCAUUGUAAUGAGAAUUAAGGAGAACUGGAAAAGGAUAACAAUACUUUACAAAGUGAACGUUACAUCAUUAAUAUUUGGCUAACAGGAGACCGGACCUGGGCUGGUUUGUGGAGAGCUGCAGUGUUUUCUUGCGUUGAGGUGAAUUAGUGUACACUGCAGAUUUACCGCAGUCACCACUUAACAACCACAGCUGGUCCAUCUGCAGUGCCAGUCUCACUGUAUCGCCUGAAUGUACUCACUUCUUUCUGUCUGCUGGUGCUUCACACUGGUGUCAGCUGUGUGCAUAUAGCAACUUUUGUCUCCUGUGAGCCGUUUGCUGUGUGUGAAUGAGUAAAAAUUAACGCGUUCAUUGAGCGCGCUCAUAUUUUCAUGAAUUUCAUGAGUUUACUCCUGAGGCGAUGAACAUCCGCUCACAUUCAGAGAGGUGCUGAGCACUGUGUUUUACAGCAGCAGGAGUUAGAUCUUCGGCACUCUCCAUACAUUCAGCAAGACUGAUCCUGCAGAUAUUACGAACAGUGUUUCCUGAUAAUACAAACUGAUUUUUUUCAGCAGCGGCGCUACUAUUAAAGAUGACUAGUGGUGAAAUCAUUAGUGGUGCAUUGAUAUUAAUGAUUCUGUAAAAUUUCAGCUGUGGAGCACGUUAUUAAGCAGGGGCACAUUGCUGCUGCUGAAUGAAUGUAGGGGACACUCUGAUAGAAACAAUAAGGUUUGCAGUGCAUGUGAGACCAGGGGCUCUGAACAUUUGCUGGAGUUUUACAGGAAUAAGGAAUAAGCAUAGAUGACUACUAGAAAGGAGAACUUGUAGUUUAAAAAUCAAUGUAAACUACUUUGAGCUAGCUUGUUUUUUGUUUUUUUUUGUGAGCUGGCUCAACCAUAGGCUGUUUAUAGUAUAGACAACAUGACUCCACUUCCCAUCAUUGUGCAAAUUUGAAGCCUAAUUGCUCCGGGAAUUUUCCCUAUUUCCUGAAACCAGCCCACUAUUACAAGCAGGGGGGAGAAAAGUUGAUAUGACUUGAUUUUAAUUUUCAGAGUUUGUCCACAGCUCCGUUUAUUUUGCUGGCAGAGGCAGGGUCUAUGACCUAUACUGUAACCAUUUACCAGGGGGUGCUGUUCUCGCGGAGGCUUCACCCAGCGAGGAGGCAGAUGCCGUCUAUUAUAUAUACAUUAUAUAUAUAUGAUACAAUAGUACAUCACUAUAGCAACAGUCCAAACAGUGGACAGCAAGUUUUUAAUGGUCGUUCAGUCUUAAAAUAGCGUGUAACAACGGCUUUGUUAGCUUGUUCAGUGACAUACACGACUGAUUAAACCAGUUCUCUCUCUCUCUCUCUCUCUCUCUCUCUCUCUCUCUUUCACUCUCUCUUUCACUCUCUCUUUCACUCUCACUCACUCACUCACUCACUCACUCACUCACUCACUCUUUCACUCUCUCUUUCACUCUCACUCACUCACUCUCUCUCUCUCUCUCUCUCUCUCUCUCUCUCUCUCUUUCACUCUCACUCACUCACUCACUCACUCACUCACUCACUCACUCACUCACUCACUCACUCACUCACUCUCUCACUCUCUCUCUCUCUCUCUCUCUCUCGUUAUAACCCAACAGUAAUUACAAAGUGGACUGUGCCUGCCACAAGGGCAACCAGAACUGCCCAGUGCAAAAGCACAACCUGAGCCCCAGGGAAAGUUUGCUGAGCCCCGCUUCUCUGCCCCCUCCCACACCUCUGGUUGGUGCUGAAACACGGCGGAGAAAAGCUCGGAGGAGAGAGCUGGAGGGCUGUGUUUCUGGGGACAACAACCCGAACCAGGACCAGAACCAGGAGGCCAAAGAAAUGCAUGGGACCAGUGAUGCAGAGGUGUGUAAACAAAAAUAUAGUCUUUGACAUUUCUCUAUUGAAAUAUUAAUGUGCUGCAUUUCCACCAAGCAUUUAGGUUCAGUUGGAUUUGGUAUACAAUCAUUUGUAUUUACACUGUCAAAAGCUCAGUGGGAAUGUACUAAAAAACACCCAGAAACUGCGCUUGUAGUAAAAAAAACAAAACUCUUCACUCGUCUGCCAUUGCUUAACUGACCUCUCUUCCUGUGUGUUGCUUUUUCUCUCAAUCAGGAGAGACUGCUAGAGGAGGUCAAGGUGGAAGAUGGAGAGGAAGGAGAGGUGGAUGAAAAUGGGGUCGCCAUCUCCAGUAAAAAAGUACAUUUUACAUGUUUUUGUUCUGUGUAACAAUUCAUUCCCAAACACGCCAUAAUAAGCAAUUUUACAAACGGUGAAAUUAUUAUUCCAGGUGUUGUUAAUCUGCUUUUUUUACCCGCAACUUUACUGUAGACAUGUAACAUUCUGGAGAGGAGGCGCAGAAGAGUCGGAGGAGCUGAUGUGAAGGAGGAGGGUGUAGAAACUGAGGACGGGGCAGGAAACCCUAUAGGAAACACCCCCACACCGAGCAAUGCUGGAGUUGGGGUUAGCACGCGCCGCACCACUUAUGUAAUGGUAAGUGAGCAAUGUCAAGUUUGCCUAAAUUAUACCCACGACUCAUCUCCAUCUUCUGAGUCUAUGCGUGUGUUUGUCAUUGAUUUGUCAUUGAUUUGUCAUCAAACACUCUUACAGGACACACCAGCCAUUGACGAAAAGAUCUCCCUGAACAUCCUCACCGCCCCAGCUGCUCCCCCUAAACCUCCAAGACCCACCAAGCCUCGACCCAAAAGCCGCAUCUCUCGCUACCGUUCGAGCUCGUCCCAGCGUGCCCGGCGGCAGCGUCAAGCCCUCGCCCAGCAGGCAGCAGCUGCAGCAAUGGCGGCCGCCCCGUCAUCGGCUGAUCAGGGUGCUGCUCUGGAUGAAGAGGGAUCUCAGGGCCCUAACAGCGCUGACCAGGAGAACAGUCUAGGCAGCCAACUCCUUGAUGGAGACGGUCAGAGUCUGAAUUGCAUCAACAGAGGCAAUUUGCGCUACCCCAAAACUAAGAAGGUUAGAGGAUGCUGGCCAGGAUUUGUGCGUGCUUUUGUAAUCUCAGAGAAUUCAGAGUGAGAAUCAAUGUUUUGUCCUGCUCUUAGUACCUGGUGACGGAGUGGUUGAAUGACAAGAUCCCUGCGGGCGAUAAGUUCCACCAGGAGGUGCCUGUCGAGCGCCCGCUGCGGAUAACCACUGACCCCACAGUGCUGGCCACCACCCUCAACAUGCUGCCAGGCCUCUCCCACGCCUCGCUAAUCUGCACUGCGCCCAGACACUACAUCCGCUUCGGCUCCCCCUUUAACCCCGAGAGACGCCGGCCUCGCCCACUUCAAAUGGACGGCACUUACGGUUGCUUCAAAAAGGUAAGAAAUGCUGAUUUCCACUGCAGAGUCAUGUCGGUUAUGAAGGGCCUAACGUUUCUGUAAUUGGGGUUUUUUGAUAAGGCUCAUUUAAUGUUGGAUUCAGUCUAACUCAAAGUGAUUUAUUGUGACGUUGCUGUUGUCUCGUGCAGAGAUGGUUGAAACAGCUGGAGGAUGAGAGCAGCUCAGCUAGUGUAGAGGACGGCACAGAGUCUACCUCCUCCCAGCAAAGCACCAGUAGCCGAUCCACCCCCAACCCCCUGUCUGCUGGUAUGUACAUCUUCACACCCAUCAAAAUCAGGAUGAUUCAUGUACUGCUGCUGAUUUGAAAACAUGUCUUACAAAGAAACGACUCAUUAUGUACCAAAGGACUAGUGUAAGUGUAAUUGCAAAUAGUCCUACUGGAGGAAGACCAAAGAAGUGUUACUGCUGUCAAUCAUACAACUGUUGAUGCUCGAAUUUCUUCAAACUCUUCUUGAACUGUUGUCUUUUUUUGUUCUUCAAUAACAGAGGUCAAUGCACCUUUUAAGAAGCGCCGCUCUAAGUAUAUGUCAGAAAUGAUAACGGCGCCCCUGGACCACCUGCUUCGCCCGCUGUCACCCAUCACACCACCCCUCCCAGAUGACCCCCUCCACCGGAUGUCCCAAACCCCCUGCGGCUCCCUGCUGCCAAACGGCCUGGUCUACUCACCCAUGCCUUCUCUGCCCGCCAGCCGUUGCAACACGCCGCUGCAGUUUGAAGUAAGAAUCCAUCCAACUGACACCCAGGCUUACAACUAUGAGCGUGGUUACUUACCUCGUACACAUUUUCAUCACCAAUUUCUCAAUCUGAAAAACGUUCAUCCAGUUCCAGAGCCUUCUUGUUUGACAGUAAUCAUCUUUCAGACAUCCAAAGGCUAAGAUAAUCCAGAUCUGGCUCCCAAGCCUUAAACCUUCACUGUAUAUCAGGAUUGGCUGCUGCCAGUUGCCCUCAUUUCCUUUCUAACUUUAGCUGUUCAGUCUAACAAAGGCCAUAAAAGCCAUAAAAAAGCUCUACAUAAGUUCUGAAAACAACUAAAUCCUUCUUCACAUGGGACAGUAUCCACACUUAAAACAGAACAAACUUUGGGCCUGAUUCUCAAAGCCGAUGUGCCACUGUUUAUGUGUCGAUCAACCUUCUAGCACUUGUCAUAAUUAAAUCUGUUUUGGUCCAAAGUCUGAAUUUUGAAUUGCUAGUCUUUAAUGAAUGACAUUUGUUGUGAAUUUACACAUGCAGAUUGUCAAAUAUAGUCUUUAAUGGCCUGCGCUUGUUUUUCUAGAACAUAUCAUCCCCUGAAGCAUCUCCUGUUCAUCGACCAGAGUCCAUCUCUCCUGAGGUAUGUGUAAAACACUCCACACCGACUAUUAAUGCAAAAAAAAAAUCUGUGUAUCAUCUGUUCAAUCGAUUUUCAAAUCAAAACUGAAACUAAAAUAAAAAUGAAAGAAUGACUCGUUUCCUCAAUAUUAGUACCCAAAAUCAAAACGAGAAAAAAAAUGUUUUCUAGUAUCAGGGGAUGUGGGCGUUUCUUCCCAUUCGAAUAUUUUCGCUUGCCGCAAGGGGACACGAGUUGGACCGUCACUAGACUUGGAGUAGAACAAAGAAGAAGAAAAUAUGGAUGCGUACGUGCUCUUCUUCAGCCCACUAAGAGAGCAACGUUAAAGUAAUUGUUUUUCUUCAGCCACACAUCAAGAGCUCAUCACCAGAUAACGCCUUCAUCCCUGGAGUUUGGAAAAUGUCCCCUCCCGGUUCACGCAACUUGAGGCAAACGAAUACAUCCGAAUGGGAUGAAGAGCCCGAAUCUCCUGUCAUAUCCAAUUUUUCUAUUUGUGCACAACAUCAUAUAUCCGAUAAACAAGUCAUUUUGUAGUUUUUUGUAGUUCACUUUUUUAGUUUUGCUCUUGUUUUGAAAAACGAAUGAACAAAUGAUUCACAGAUUCAAACAUGUGAAUGCUAUCAACCUUUUGUUCAGAUUUGUCUUGUUAAUGUCAUCCGCUCCUCCUGUCCUUCAACUCCUCUCUGCUUUUUUUUCUUGCAGCCAUGUCUGCAGACAGACUUCGAAGUCCCUCGGCCUCAGUUCCCGGACCUGUCCCUUCCCUGCAGCCUGGAAAGCCCCAUGGCCAUGACCAUAGAUGACUUUUCUCUUCCCGGAGGCCCUUCAGGCCACGAUUCCCAGGGCACACCUUCUAUAGGAGCAAGUUCCCUGAACCCAGUGUCCUGCCCCUCCUCAGAACUACCCCCUCAAAACAGGGAGCAGGCCUUCAGGACAGAAUUCAACCUCAUAUACACCUGCUCGCCCCUCAAUGCAAACCUGGGGAACCCUGUCACCACAGACCGCCACCUCUCCCAGUCAGAAGGAGGCUUCUCACCGGCAGAGUCAUUCCACAGUUCCAUCAGUGGCCAGGGACUGCUGGGAGAUAUGGGCCAGGGCUCUAUGUCUCCCUAUGGCGAACCCCAUUAUGGAGGAGGCUACCCAGAUAGCGGCACGCCUCCUCACACCAGCAACCCACCACAAAAGAAGAAGGCAAGUAAUGAUCUAACCAUCUUAACUCAAGUGUUUCUGGUCGAUUUGUUCAGUUCUUGAUUUUGAAGCCAUGUGCUUUGUGCAAAACUGAAAGCCAAACCUCAUGAUGUGCUUCACUCCUUGCUCUGUCUUUGACCUUGUCAUAAAAAUAGUAGUCGGGGCCCAAAUCCAAAAGCAGCAAGCAUUUACAAGACAUAUUUAACCAUUUACUGUGAAUAACUGAAUGAUUUCCACUCUGUAGCUUUGACCCCUCCUCCUCCUCCUCCUCCUCCUCCUUCUUCCCUCUCCUCUCCUCCUUUUCCUCAUUCGUUGCUCUUUCAAACUUUUUGCCAAGUCUCUCUUCCACUUUUCUUCCAAGGCAGAGGGCCAACCAGCAUACCAUUAGUCUGCUGACAGGGAAGCCAGAUUACCAGGCUAUAGCAGUAAGAAGUGAAUACAAGCCAGUACAAAAUAUGGUGAAUAUUCUCCCUACAACUGCAUCUUUAGAAGUGUGCAUGUCAAUAUUGUUUCUUUGCAUCUGCAUACAACACCCACGUCAUGCUCCGACAGCUCCGCCCACAAACCUACAUCAAACUUUGACACAGCAGUGAUCUUUCCGCCAUCUCAGUCAAGUUCAUUGGAGAGUGUCGAGGUUCAUCCAUUGCCUUGAGCAACACGAGGCCAAUGGUUCAUGAAUUUGUCAUGAUGGUGUUGAGAUGAAGCCUUUUGUCUUUGCUCCAUCUCAUCCAUGGCUCCCUCCAAACUGUGAUCAUCCACGUCCUCUGUGACCAGGUCGUGUCGUUUCACCCUCGUCAUCAACAAGACAGUGAAGGGCACAAGAUCAGGACCCAGAGAGUAGAUCAUGGGGCACAGGGAGCAUUUGGGAUCACAAACGGGUGGAUUUGAAUCUAUUUAUAAAGCACAUUUAAAAACAACAAUGUGCUGUAGAGUAAGAUUAAAAACACAAUUAAAAAGAGCCAGACAAUUAACAUGAACAAUAAAACAAGACACAGGAACACAUUAAAAACAGGGGGACAUAGAUGGUUCAGUAAAAACAUGAUUAAAAGGCCAAGUUCUCAGGAGCUAAAAGCCAGGGAGUAAAAGUGCAUUUUCAAGUUUGAUUUAAAAACAGGCAGUGAGGGGGACAGUCGGACAUGAAGGGAAAGAGCAUUUGAGAGCUUAGGCGCAGCAACGGAAAAAGUCCGAUCACCCCUGAACUUUAAUCUUGACCUAGGGACAGUCAGAAGGCACUGGUCAGAGGAUCUGAGAGUCCGAGAUGAAAUAUGGGGUUUCUUACAAUGUGGCCAACCUGAGCCACGGCAUGAAUAUGGCAUUCGUUUCCAUGUUGAAGUAAAAAUCUGGGGCAGAAAAUGUAAGCUUAGAACUUGAUUCAGUAAGGUUCCACUUUCAAUCCUCCUGUCAACGUUUCCUGGUAAAAGUCCGACAGGAUUGACAGAUGUUAACACUUUGAAAAACAUUAAAAGCCUUUAUUUAAAUAGUAGUGAAAACAAAAACAUAAACAUAAAUGCUACAUAAAUGCUAAAAUAAAAAAAAAAUCACAUUUCAUAGAAAAUACAUGAGCCCAUGCAGUUAUUUCCACUACAGAGUUAUGCCUGUUAUGAGCAUUUGUAACAGCUUCCCAACUUUUGUGCAAAGUGUUUCUUUAUGUAUUUACGGUUUUAACUAACUUAAACUAGGUCUGCGAAUGAUAUAUAUCUAGUGGGUUACCUUCUUGCCUGCCUUCCUUCCUCUGUCCACCGCCAGGCCACCGUAGGUUCCCCUUUCCUGCAGGAGCACUCUCAAGUUCCCACACGCACCAGUGUAAACAAACAUGGCGUUUGCAAGAGAAGUUGAUAAUUUUAAUGGCUCAAUAGGGCAAGAGCAAGUCAGUCGUGUGGAAUUGGUACGACUUCGCAGUUUCGGGCGAAGAGCAAACUGCUCCCUGCUGCAAAGUCUGUCUGAAGGCGGUAUUAACCUGUCCGCACGGAAACAAAUUCAGGAGUAAAUGCAGAAGUCUUUUUUGGGUGUCUGUAGACUGUACUUUUUGAAAACGGGCACAGACAACUACCAUUUCAUCUCCGUGUGGAUGCCUCUCUGCAUCUCUCUUGAAACGAUCAUGCGCAGCCCUAGUACGCAGCAAGUUAGAGUGGAGAGGAAACCCUUCUUUGUAGGGACUCUGGUUGGACAUACACACAUGGAAGCACUAGAGACUUCAGUGUUAAUUAGUAGUGAUGUCACUCACAACCCUGACACACUCACCGUGACAGCACAGCGACCUCUGCAGGCAGGCUUCUGUAAAUGUCAUAUCAAGGCAAAGAUUUCUCCACGCAGGACUCGUGUUCAUGUCAGGAUCUGACUGUGUGGUCAUCAUCCUGCUCCCCCUGCCUCUCUUCCAUAUCCUCCAUAUAUUCUGCAUCAUGUCAGCAAGGAACAGUGCUGUCAUUCUCAUUGUUUAUACUGGAGGUUUGUGUGUCUCUUCUGUUUUGAAUGUGUGUAAGCUUGAUCUCUGUGGGUAUUUGUGUUUUCGUCAUCGUUUUAAGCGUGGUUGCAUCAUUGCGUGGUGCAUUUUCAAGUUGCCUGCUUUGUCGUCAAAGCUUCAGCUUCUUCUCUUACUAACACUCGGAGAACCCAUGCAGCUCUCUAUUUUGUGCUGGACCUGAGCUACAUGUAAACUCAUGGAAUGGAACAUAAACAGGGUUGCACAUCGCCCUUUUUCAUGUCAGAGGUUAUCUCCAUGGUGAUGAAGGUUUGUUGUAUUUAUAGUUUGUGUAAUCACAGUUUCCAGGUGAGUUGUGCAUGUGGUCUGGUCAGUGCAGUUUUUGGUGGAUCAUGUGAUUCAAUCAGCAGCUCAGUAUCAGUGUGACUGGCGCAUAGUUCAAAACCCUCACAGCAGAUCAGUCCAGUCCUUCAUUUUCAGUCUCUCUGCUCCCUCAGGUGUCUUUGUUGGAGUAUCGGAAGAGGAAGCAGUGCGGUGGACGUGAUCUAGAGGCUCCUGGAAACAGUUCGUCUCUGAUCGGCACCCCCACCCGGCCUGGCCCCCACUUUAGCCAGGAGUCCCAUCAUCCCAUCCAUUCCCAUCAGCAGAUGCAGCCCCCUGCCUCUCUACAGAGCUCCUCCUUCAGUUCCUCUGCACACACACCCUCCAUCCCACAGAUAGAGGAGGUCAGUCCGUCAGACAACCAGGGCUCAUCGGGGCAGCCGAGACGGCAGGACAACAACAACCAGUGGUGAGAUGCUGACCAAGAAUGAUGAAAUUAGAGACUGAGUCCAUCCACUGUCAUUUUUCAAGUCUGUGUGUGUGUGGCUUAAGAAACCGCACAGACAGACCAAAACAGACUUCUCUCGACUAUUUCUUCAACAUGUUUUUUCAUCACGAUUUCCUUCAAACCGUUUUUAGCUCAUACAUUUCAAGAACAGCUAUAAUCAAGAAAACAUUAUCAAUGUUUCACACAAAGCGAGGGCUGUCGGAUAUUGAUUUAGUGUUCAUGUUCAAACUGUCUGAUAGUAUUUAGGAGAAGACAGUGUCAACAUUUAGUGGUAGAUAACCUGUUUUUUUAAUUUUUCUGAAGGAUGGUUCCCACAACUGUUGAACGUUUGAGGGAAGGUCAAGGGGUUCUGGAGCGAGUGCUGAGAAGCAUCAAGUUGGAUCGAAAUUGCAAGAGGAGUGACGGCUCUACAGAGAAGGAAUCUGGUAUGAAGUGACUGACGACUCCAAGGACUACUGCAGAGAGACGAAAUUAAAACACUUGAACAACUUAGACUAUACUGGAGAACAAAUAACAGGACAUGGAAGCACACGUGUGCUUUAUGUUCUUUCAUGAUUAUAUCUGAAAUUUUGUGCUUAAAUUGAUCUUUCUAUCCUUCCAUCUGUCCUUACAGAAGGAGAUCGAUACGACAUGCCGGCAGCGUCCAUGGCAUCUCCCAUGAAGAGUCCACAUCGAUACAGUCCCUCUGUGUAUUCACACCAGGUACCUGUUCCUUAAACCUCUGGGAUUCAGGCUGUUUAUAACAAUAAUUAUGGCAAACGAGCCCCUCGAUGAAUGUUGAUGUUUUUGUUCGUUUUACUCAUUCCUGUCAAGAGUCGUGUUUUUAUGUUUGUGUGUGACCCUGACUCUGACAUGCUCUCCACAUUUAACUCUUUUGAGAAGCAAACACGACUGCAGGGGAUAGAUGGACAGAAGAGGUGUUCUCAUUUUUUAGAAUAUCAGCGUUUUUAGUGCUUUUAUAUUUAUACUGUUCACCAAAGUUAUCAGUGGUUUUGAUUGAGGAUCGACAGAUGUGUUUUUUUAGGGCUGAUACAGAUUAUUAAUAAUCAAGGAAACCGAUAACCGAUAUAUAGAAAUGAUAUACAUUUGCAGUGAAUAUGUAUAUUUUGGCCUUAUUUUGAAACGUGCUUUUAUUUUGAAACGGGAAAAUAACCGGAAGCAGUGCAUGCUAGCUCAGUAAGCUUCACAGAGACCAAGGAGCAUCUCUAGCGGUGUUGUUACCUGCUAGUUUGUUUCUUUUGUUUUUUGUUCUCCAUGCUUCACUGUGUUUGUUAGAACUGUGAAGUGUAAGUUGAAAGAUCUUAUUUUUUAAAUUUUAAAAUAAACUUCUAUUAUUGGCUAUCGGUGGAAAAAAUAUGUCCAAUGCCGAUUAUUGUAAAAAUGCUGAAUAUCGGCCGAUAUUAUCGCCUGUGCCGAUUAUAGUUCGAUCCUUCGUUUUGAUUUAACCAUUGGCAUGAAGACUUGCAUCUGUAAUUCUAACUUCUGCUCGACUUUCAUCUCUUAUUCUUGAGCUAACCCGCAGCCUCCUGAGCGGGUCACUGUAACUAACACGUGCGUGUUUUCGUCUCUUGUGCGCAGUCAUCAGAAAGCCACCGCCAGACCGACAGCCCAUCAUUCCUCCGGCAAACCUCCAACUCUCCAUUCCGGGGUUCCUGCAGUCCGUCAUCAGGUCAGAGUUUCCAUCUGCGCCUCCCCUCUUCUCACCCGGGACUGUCCCAGGACCAUCACCCCCCUUCCUCAUACCCCAGUCACCCCCCAACCUCCUCAUCAGACUCCAGGCCACCAGCGGGCUUCCUACACCAGCAGAGUGGCAGCAGUAAUGUGGAUGGGGGGGGCCACAGCUACAGCACCAGCCACUUAAAAGCAAGCCUUUCGAACAGCAGUGGCCUGGUGGGGUCUCCCACCCCAGGACCCAGGGCCCACGGGCAGACUAAACUAGACUCAGGUGCCCAGGCCUCUAGAGGGAGUCAGCCACAGGUGUCCCGCAGCCUGAAGUCGGGCAGUCCGGGCCAGACAGCACUGCAGGCCAGCUCCAGGCUGCUGCCAGCCUCUGGACCGACACACUGUCCACAGAGAGGGACAAGUCUCAGCCAGUUCCAACACUCCCCCCUGCAGGGACCCGGAGUAAGGACACAGUCAGGAAGCUUUUAGGACCUUUGUCAAGUGUAUGUGUGCGUGCGUGAGUGUGUGUGAUGCUGCGUACCUCCUCGGCCCCUAAAGCUACGGUCGAAACGGGGCCCCGGGAGUUUAGGGAGGGCAAAUGUACAGACCUAAGAGGAGCAAAGACUUGUGUGAUGAGUUCUUCUUUUCAUCUUUUUUUUCUCUUUCUUUAUUUUCAGAAAAACGAAACAACAAAAUGACCACGUUCUGCUCAAAGCUAAUCAUUGACUUUGGACAUCAUUCAGAAUCCGUGGGAAACGCGAUUUGGACUGUGGAAAAAAAAAAAAAAAAACAAGAUUCACAUGUAACUUGAAAUUUUCCUCAAGGUUUCCUCAUGUGCCGGACUGUGCAAACAGGCUCGAAUAUGUCUGGAAAAUACAAACUUCCACACAAAUGUCUGUACAAAGUUAUAAAAAGCCGUACCUGUUGUCAUGGUACCCAGGUUGGAUAAAUGCUGAGAUGUAACUGAAAGCAAGAGUUGUUUUAUUUUUUAAAUAUUUUUUUGUCAACGUUCCUUUUUUUUCUGAUUUGGCACGUUGCUGAGUCUGUGCUGCAGUAAACAAGUGUUUGAUUUGGAGAGGGGGAACUGAUGCAAACCAAGGCGACAAGUUAAUCAUCCGUUUUAAAGAUGCAUAAGAGAAACUGGGAGGAGGGUUUCUCCCCUGAUAGGAUCAUUCCAUAUGAUAACCAGCCUCCGUGUUCUCCCACUGAACACGGAAAAGAAGCAGAUUCUCCGUUCGUUCAGAUCUUCUGUUGAUUUGGGUUCUUUCUGUUCUCUUUCAUCCCCACUGGACUGUUUUUUGAUUUCACAUUAGGACAAACGUCACUGUAGAGUUCUGAUCUUGUACUUGAGACAAACAGGUCUUAUGAUUCAUGGUGCUGCAUUCUUCUUUUUUCUUUUUUUUGUUUUCAAUAAAUCUGAAAUCCAGUUAUGUUCCCCAACGCUCGGCUGCAUUCAUCUUGUCCUCACAUCUGUUUGUUUGAAUUCAUACACAUCAGAUCUUAUCGGGAUGGGAUGCAGGGCCAGAGUACGAGUUGUUGCAUUUGACUGUUUUCGUUCCUGUAGGAUUUCUUUAAAUAUACAUGUGUUUCGAUUUUUUUGACCAAUCCUCUCAUUCCGAGGAAAAACAGGGAAAGGGUCUCUGAGGGGGUGUUUGGAUUGUUUAUAAAAACUUAGGUUCAAAAAGCUGCUAUGUUCUCCUGUGAGAGCUGCCUCCCUUUUCCACAGAGUGCUGUAUUUUUGUUUCUUUCCUUUUAACCCCAAUCCUCACAAACAGACUUGUAAGAAAGAGACGGCUCCCCUGAAGUGCUGCAGUUGGACCUCAAACCAACAUGAAGCUGACAGCUCGGCUGCAGCAGGAGUCACUCUCUCUCCUCCCUCUUGUAACUUCAGUUUUUUUUUUUGAAGUGGAAAAACAGCUGUGUUUGUGUGGAAGACCUCAAGGACAGAAGGCUCAAACACGAGACUGGACCCAGCGAAUCCACAAACUCCAAGUCCACGUAAAACACAGAAGGGUACUCGUGUUAUACAUGAAUGUUUUACAGUUUGAAAAAAUAAAGUUGUGACCCAAACUGAACCAGCACCUUAGAAUGAAAGAAAUACAACCUAAAAAGACACACUAGGACAACAUGUAUGAUGACUAUGUGUACUUGUAUAGAAAGAAAUGUGAUGUAGACUUGUAUGGAGAAAAUAUAGUACACUGAAUUUAUCGCAUGAUAUUUGUUUUUAGGGUCUGAGUGACCAACCGUGUCAGCAGGUUGGAAGCAAAUCAUCGGGUCAGUUCCUCCAGAAAACCAGAUGCUGAAGUUCUCUCCAUCUCGCUCUCUGUUCUGUAAAGAUCUUUCUGUUGGUUUUAUUUUUACAAAGAUCAUAGAGGUUAUUAUUUCAACUUGUUCCCCCUUCAAAAGAUUUAAAAAGCAAGAAAUGUAAUGCAUUUUGAUAAUAAAAUAAUCAUGAUGGUAAUGUAUUUUGGGAACUACCAUUGUGAUGUGUCAUUUGAGGGACUCGUAUGCUUUGGACAUGUCACAGCAGGUUGAGCUCGGUGUUUGUCUGCAGGGUUUUUUUUUUUUGAUUCAACAAUAUUUUUAUUGGUUUUAUACAGAUAUACACAGGAGACACAUUACAAACACCCCCUUACCCUCAAAAAUCCAUCUACAGCUGGAUAUUCCUAUUACUUUGUUUAAAUGACAAAUUCUGGAGCUAUAACAAAAAAUAAAAAUUAAAAAAUGACUAAGUACAUACCUAAAAAAAUAUAUAAAAAAUACAAGUAAGUGCUGGAAUUCGGGUUUUAUAGAUCUUGAAAUGCGUAAAAUGCUGAGAAAUAAAAAGUAAAACGAGAAUAAGUUAAAUGAACUACUGUGCGUUAAGAGAAAUACAUUUAUAGAAAAGUUGCUGAAAAAUGAAAAAGUCCAUAAAAGAGAUAAGAAUUUGAAUUGUAUGAUCAUAAAACAUCACAAAUAUAUUUCAAAAGGAAAACAACUAGAAGAGGAGAGUGCUUAAUUCAAAAUGAUUAAAGUUUCUGAAGGUGGUCCAGGAAAGGUCCCCAGAUCUUUUCAAAUUUCCCAUCAUUACCUGUAACUAAGUAAUGAAUCUUCUCAAGGUCUAAGACAUGAGGUCUUUGAACCACCGACUGAGUGUGGGUGUUUCCUUCAUUUCGUCUCUGUUAUGGCUCUGGUGGAUGGUUUCUAUCAGUCCUGUUUUAUCCAUUAAAGUAGUCUAUAUGUUGCUCAGUCAGUGAGGUCGAAUUCAAGCCGAAUUGAACGUUAUUUUCUACUACGCCGAGAUUUAAAGACCCACUCCGAUAAAAAUCCUGUUUUUCUUGUUGUCAACAUGUUCAUAUGGAGUUUUUCUGAUGCUACAGGACAUAUCAAGAGAAAUGUAAGUGCGAAACUGUAUUUCUGAGUAUUUCUGCGUUCAAAUCUGUCAGACACAAACGGCAGGCUGAGAUUUCCUAUGUAACAAAUCUAAGCUCCGCCCACAGAGUCCCACUAUGCAUAGUUAGCGUUAGCAGAUUGCAAUGCUCGUAAGAAAGCUAAUAAUGAUAUUAGCUUUCAUCAUGCUCCCCAAAACAUUAGUGUCCGAGAGCUGAAUACCUCCUAAGUUAUCUGCUACUUCUACUACACCGGCGAUGCUAGGUGUAGCUACAAGCUAGCAUGAAGAGGAGUGUGCAGAGCAUCGCUUUCUCCGCCUGCGACUCAGAGGUGAAUUGCUAAUGAUCUACUGGAGCUCUGCAGAGGAAAAGCCCUUGAAAAUGGUACAGGUAAUACCAUAACAAUAAUCAUAAUCACAAUUUAAAGACCACCACGUAUUAAAAUGAAUAAAACGACUGGAGCGGGACUGUAAAAAAGGUGGACUGACAGAGCAGGACCAGAAUAUGAUUCCACUCUGAAUAGUUAAUAACAAAGUUGUUUUUGAUUUCAAAGAGCACGCUGAUAAUCCCCAGAGAGGAGGAGGAGUCGCCUUCACAGCAGAAUGAUUUUGGAGCCAUGAGUUUGGCGUUCUGGUUAUUCCUGAAAUAAUCCUGUUAAGAAGAAACUGCAAUCUCUGCAGGUUAGUCGGCCCACACAUGACCAGAUUUGGAUGGAAACACUUCCUCAUAGUCAGUCGCCAGUAGUUUUUUUGGAGCCAAAAGCGACAGUCUUUGGAAGGAAUUGAAAUUACUGUAAUAUUUUGGGGUGCCUUAUAUGAUAUUUGGUAGAAAGGCAGCAUGUUUUUUAGAGCUACAGAUGGUCAGAUUUGGAAGAGGUGGUCGUUUAUUUUUUUAGAGCCAGAAAUGACCAAAUUUGAUUAAAAU